AUGGACUGGCUGCUAGGGGGCAUCCUUAGGGCUGAGGCUGUCAAGGGGCUUCUCUGGAGCCAGCUGACCCACGCCCUGGCCUGUAGACACUGUGGCAGCAGCUGCCUCCAGAGUACAGGGAAUUUAGUGACACUAUUCCUGUUCGUGAUUUGGCAGAUCCGGAGGUGGUGGCAGCUUGGGAGCUUGAGACAUCUUUGGCUCUGGCACUCUGGGGACAUGAAGCAAGGCAAGGGCCUAUUACUUCUGUACCGUGUGGCUUUCCUUUGUCAUCUGUGGAGGCAGAAGUCAGAGGAAGAGGAAGAAGAAGAGGGAGAAGAGGAAAAAGAAGAGGUGGUAUUCCUGGAUCCAUUGAAGCCGUGUUCUCUUCCCAAAGAAGCUCCUAUUGAAAAGCAAGCUACCACAGCCCCAUCCCAACCAUCCUGUGAUUCUGAGAGCCAACACAAGAUCAUAGGGACACCAGAGCUAGUACUCAUGCAGACCCCAAGCCCUUCCAGAUCAUUCCCCACCUUUCAGAUCCUGACCAACUUGCCCGUGAGGCGUAAGGCAGCAUCAGGGAGUCGUCUACAGCAGAGAAAAAGCCAGCUCUUCUGGGGACUCCCUUCUCUGCACAGUGAGUCCUUAGAGGCCAUCAUCCUGAGCUCAGGUGGCCCCUUUCCCCUGAAGUUACCUGUUGGUCCUUCUGUCUGCUUCAACAAGCUUUCCUUCCUGCAUAGGUCCAACCUGCUGUCUUCCCAAUAUUGCUCCCCAACCCCACUUCCUAUCCAUAAAGUGCACACUAUGAAAGUCCUGGAAGAGUUGGACCCUGAUCCUCAGCAACUUCCCCCUCCAUCUUCCCCUUCUGUUCUAUCACCACCCCUCCGUCUUAAGUCCUUUCCCAUAGACCAUACAGGAUUCCAUUUUGGUGUUCAGGCACCUACACAAACUCCAGGGGAAACUAGACCCCUGGGAGUUCCACCCGGAUGUGAGACUCAGUGGAGAACCACUGGACAUAGAAAGAGUCUGAAAGCCUCUGAGCCCCCAGUGCCAGCCUCUUACCAAGCCCCGGAUUCUCUGUCAAAAUCCCAGAAAGUCAGCUCUGAAGGAGAACCUUCUAUACCUAAAGACUUCUUGGGAACCAUGGGGCACAAACAGAAGCCUCAGGCCUCUGGGUCUCCAAUGCCAGCCCCCUGUCCUCCCUCAGACCCCCUGCCAGAACUCCAGAGAGGCAGUCCUCUGAGAGGUCCACCUGGAUACAAGUGCCUCUGGGAAUGCAGAGAAAACUCAGAAAACCCACAGACCUUUGAGCCUCCAGCCUUGGACCUCAAUCCAGGGUUCUAUGGAAUCAGCCCUAAAUGUGUCCCAUCAAGAUCUGAGACUCUACGGAAAGGCAUGCAAAAUAGAGAAAAUCUUAGGGUCUCUGCAGACUCAAUUUUACCUGCCAGCCUUCCCUCAGCCUGUCUGAUAGAGUCUCUAGGAAUGGCGCCCCAGGGAGUCCUGUCUAAGUCCAAGGCUUUGUGGGAGACCACAGGGCGAAUAGAGAACCUCUGGACCUCUGAGUCUAUAGCCCCUGACUAUGGUCAGUCUCUAGCUCCCAUUCCUGAGCCUCACAGAAUCAAUUCUGUGGGAAGCCCCAUUAGAUCAGAAACUACAUGGAAGGUCACUGAACAUUCCAGGAAUUCCUGGGCUUCUGAGCCCCCAUCUCUGGCCCUCAGCCCAUAUCCAGCUCUCACACUAGAACCCCUCAGAGUUAGUCCCAUGGGGGUCCUGUCUGAUUCUGAGGCUAGCUAUGGGGAAUCACAAAGGAGAAAGAACUCCUGGUCCUCUGAGCUCCCAGCCCCCAGCUUACCCCAACAGCCACAUGGAGCUAGACCCUUGGGAGUCUUUUCUGACUCUGAACCUGUUGAGGGGUACAUGAAGCAGAAAAUCUGUUGUGCUGCUCCUGUGUCUCCAUUCUGGGGCCCCAGCCCACCUCCAAAUUCUAUGUCAAAGUCUCACUCAAGUGAGCCUAUUGGAGGCCAAGGCAACUAUAAGACUGAGGAGGAGGCAGUGGAGCCGAGAGAGAACAGCUGGGCCACUGAGCUCCCAGCCCCAACUCCUAACACACUCUCUGCUCAUGUACCAGAUCCACACAUGGCCCUUAAGUUUGUGAGGAGGAAUGUGCGACAAAGAGAGAUGCCCCAGGGUCCCAGCCCUCCAGCAGCAGAUCCCCUGCAGCCAAUACCCUGGCCUCCCACCCUAGCUGAAGCUCUGAAGACUGAGCCCAACCAGCCUGGCCUACCCAAAGAAGAGCUGUUCCCAGGAGUUAAGGGAGAGAUCCCACCCUCCCAGAGAGAGGCUGUCCCAGAGGCGUCCAUGCACUCUGGGAUCCAGGUCUGGCACUGGAGUAGAGAAUUAGAACUCGGGCUGAAGAAAUUGCAGCUGAGCCCUGCUUCCAGAUCCCCUGGCCCAAGUCAAUCAUUUGUCAGUUCCCCUGCCCUGAGCUCCACAACUCCAGGCACUUGGAGACUCUCUUCUUACCCCUCACGACAGACUCAUCACCCCAACCUGUGUCCCUACUCUUCAAGCUGUCAUCCCCCAAAAGCAGAAAGCACAGUAACUCAGCCUGUCCACUGUUAUCACUCCCACUCCUUUUCCCAUCCUCAGCCACAUGGGUCUGGUAGGGCAAAACAAAGGUCUCAGAGGGAGGAAAGAGUGAAGGCAAAGAUGGUGGCCCAGGUUUCACCUCAGGGACCACAUGUUCACAUGGAGGCUAAUGAAAACUGCCCAGGCUUGAGAGAGGCCUCAUACCCUGAGGUUCUAGUCUCAGGUAAUAGGCAAGACAAAGCUUUGGCACAAUUUUUAGCCAGAGAGACAGACAGACUCAGGAAAUCCAAAGCAGGAGACCACAGAGGAGGGGAUGCAAGAUUGGGGUCAUCCACAGUCAUGGGGAAGAGCCACCCAGUCCAGGCUGGAAGACCAGUGGAGGCCCCUGUAAACCGACUUUUCCAAAGGAACCAGAGCUCUCUCCACACUGCUCUUCCCCAGCAGCUUUACUCCAUGCCUACAGGCCCCCAAGAUAAGCGAGAGGCAGAACUGAGAGCUGGUUAUAUCCUGAUCCCUCAGCACUGUAUGCACUGCCCCUGGGCCCACAUGGAGAAACACUUCACUUCCCCUACACCUCAAUCUCCCCUUACCAGGGGUCUUCGAAAGGUGCUAGCCAAGUGUCUAAGUAGCCGUGGGCCAGGCCCACCAAAUCCAGUCAGCACGAGGAACAGCUGGUAG